AUGUGGUGUAGACAGAGGAGCGGCUCUCUGCAGAUCAACCUGGAGAACACGCCCCAGGGCUUCCCAGUGGUCGUGGGCCAUUCCGAGCCCUCCGCGUCCUCGGCAGAGGAGGGCCAGCUCAUCGUACGUGGUCCUAGCGACAAGGUGGAUGUUGUGAACAUGCGUCGAGCGCUCUCGAGCUUCA